AUGGCAGUGCCUGGGCCAAUGGGGAUGCCUGGCCCUCCCGCAAUGGGGAUGCCUGGUCCUCCUGCAAUGGGACUGCCGCCGGGGGGACCCUACGGGGUGAAUCCGACGUUGAGGCCUCCACCGCAAGUUGUUGAACAGAUGCUCGACGAACUGGAGGAGAAGGCGCGCCACUACUUCAUUUUGUACAAUCGAGAGAAGAAAGCCCGAGAAAAAACAGAGAGAUACAGUUUCUGGCUGCAGAAAGAGCUCGCGGAACACAAAGAGAAGCUGCUGAAGAGCGCAGAUUACAUCGAAUCGCUUCAGAACAAAUUCGAUGAGCUGAGAGGAGACCCCGAAAUGAUUCGCGACACUCUGCAGAGAAUCGACCUCAUGUAUGCUCAAGUUGAUACUCUCGUCCAAGCUCUUGCAGGCGUAUGUGGCUUUGCUGCUGUCAAGGACUCGACGAGAGAGCAGCUGCUACAGUGUGCUCUCGACUAUCUCUAUCCCUGUCGUGCCCUCGACCCUCGACUUCACGAGCUGUACGGUGUGUUGUAUUACUUCCGCCUGGGCGAGAGCAAAUCGCCUCCUGGGAUCCCGCCUCCACCUCCAGAGCCGAGCUAUGUGCCACUCUCUGAGGGCGUCGGAGGUCCCUGGAUAAAACCGAGUCCGUAUACGCUUUUUCUGAAUCCGGCGGCUGGCCUCUCGAUGUUCCAAAGGAACAUGGCUGAGACUCAGAAGGCGGUGGAGGCUGAGGAGGCUGAGAAAGCGGGGAAGGCGGACGCCGAACAAAAGAAGGAAACGACAAAGAGAAUCUUCGGAGCCACUGUCCAAAGUUCGGGGACUUCCAAGGCGAAAGUGGGCACAGCAAAACCUUCAGGGACAAAGACGUCGACCGAGACUGCGAAAACUGCAUCGGAUCCUCCAAAGCGCGAGCCUGUGGAUCCAAAGGCGACUCUGAAGGGAUUUUCUUUGUUCGUGAGGAAACUCGAGGAAUUCAAGCGCCCCGCCUCCUCCAAAGUGGAGAGUCUCCGAAUCGUAGUCAGGACGGACGACGAAUCGGCGACAGACUCGAAGAAGAAGGAGGGGCGUUCCAUGCUCAUCGAAAAGUGCGGAGGCUCUCCAGGAAAAGAAGAGGCGACGUUCAACCUACUGGUGGAGUUCCCCUCUUUGCCUGCCAAGAAGGCCGGAGGCAAUCCGAAGAUUGUAAUUGACGUCUACGACAACAAGGCAUUUGCAGCGCUCGGCCGCGCGGACAAACCUUUCAACGACAAGAGUUUGGGCACAGAGGAUGCCGUAUGGGAAAUCAAGGACAACACUGGAAAGGCUUUUGGGAAACUGGUCUGCACAGUCACUCCGUUGCCCCUAAACGCCCCACUCCCGUGUGAGGGUGGAGGCGGCGAGAAAGAUGCGGGUGCAGCGAAGAAGGGUGGCGCAGAGACGAAGGAAGCAGUGAAGAAGGAGGCGAAGAAGGAAGAGGCAAAGCCUGGAGCGAUCAAGAAACCUGAACUUCCAAAGUUGGCGGUGACGAAGCCUGAUUUACCGAAGCCUGGCGGACCGGGCGCAAGCGUUCCGUCUGGCGAGAAGAAGGCGGGAGAGGAAGCAAAGUCCAAGCCAGGCCCACCACCUUUGAAUAUAAAGAAACCUGAUUUGCCGGCGCCUGCCAAGACAGCCCCGACGAAGGAAGGCAUCAAGGCCGGGGACGACGCGAAGAAGUCGCUGGACAUCAAGAAACCUCCUCUGGACCUGAAAUCCGGAGAUGCGGGGGCACCCAAGAAAGAACUGGGGGCUUCCGGUCCCGAUCUGGCAGCGAAAAAGCCUCCUGGGGGAGGAGACUCGGCUUCCGGAAAACCUGGAGGUGCUCCUGCGGGACUUGUGAAGAAACCGGACCUCCCCAAGCCAGGAGCGGUCGUCGCAAAAACAGACACCGGCGCGAAACCGGGCCCUCCGGCUGCAAAAAGCGACGCCAAGCCGGGUGCAACUCCAGCGAAACCGGGUGCAACUCCAGCGAAGCCAGGUGUAACUCCAGCGAAACCGGAUGCAACUCCAGCGAAGCCAGGUGCAACUCCAGCAAAACCGGGUGCAACUCCAGCUAAGCCUGCAUUGAGUGCACCUGUGAAGCCAGGGUCGACGCCAGUGAAGCCUGGAGUGGGUGCGCCGGCGAAACCUGGAUUGACGCCAGUGAAGCCUGGACUGAGUACGCCAGUGAAGCCUGGACUGAGUACACCGGCGAAGCCUGGAUUGACGCCAGUGAAGCCUGGGGUGGGUGCACCGGCGAAGCCUGGACUGACGCCAGUGAAGCCUGGGGUGGGUGCACCGGCGAAACCUGGAUUGACGCCAGUGAAGCCUGGAGCGGGUGCGCCGGCGAAACCUGGAUUGACGCCAGUGAAGCCUGGACUGAGUACACCGGCGAAGCCUGGAUUGACGCCAGUGAAGCCUGGAGCGGGUGCACCGGCGAAGCCUGGACUGACGCCAGUGAAGCCUGGAGCGGGUGCACCGGCGAAGCCUGGACUGACGCCAGUGAAGCCUGGAGCGGGUGCACCGGCGAAGCCGACUCCGGUGAAGCCUCCCGGUCCCAAGCCAGGGGCUCCGGCAGCUGCGAAAGUGGACUUGAAAGGGAAACCCGCUAUCAAACCGAAGAUUGCCGCCAAGUAA